AUGUUCUUCGUGGGGACUCUGCUGUGGGUGAUCUGCAUAAACUUCUUCACUGUAGAUAUCCCUGCGGCCAUCAGCCAUCCCGUGAAACUGUGGGUCUUCCACUGCAUCUCCGAGCUCUUUCUGACAUGGGGGAUGAUUUUUGAGAAACUGGGAAUCUGUUCUAUGCCCCAAUUUGUCCGUUUCUUGCACGACCUGAAGCCGGUAAAGGAGGAUCCGGAUGUUGUGGCCACCAACCUCUGCUUCGGGACUGUCCCGGUGAGGCUGUACCAGCCCAAGGCGGCCUCCCGCACCCCCAGGCGGGGAGUCAUAUUCUACCACGGCGGCGGGGGCGUCUUCGGGAGCUUGAAGCUCUACCAAAACAUAUGCACUCGCUUGUCCAAGGAGAGUGACUCAGUGGUUCUAGCAGUUGGGUAUCGCAUGUUGCCACGGCAUAAGUUUCCAGUGGCGUUGAGAGACUGCAUCACGGCCACCAUCCACUUCCUGAAGUCUCUGAAUGCUUACGAGGUGGAUCCGGCUCAGGUCGUAGUCUGUGGUGACAGCAUGGGUGGGGGCAUUGCGGCGGCAAUCUGCCAGAAACUUGUGGACAGUCCAGAUCUCCCCAAGAUCCGUGCCCAGGUCCUGAUCUAUGCUACUCUGCAGGCGCUGGACUUGCAGCUCCCUUCCUGUCAGCAGCACAAGUCUGUCCCACUGCUCACCGAGAGCUUUUUAUUCUACUGUAUGUUUAAUAACCUGGACAUCAGCCCCUCCUGGAAAAGCACCAUGAUGAAUAAAGCCCAUCUGCCUGCCGAAGUCUGGGAAAAGUAUAGAAAGUGGUUGGGCCCGGAAAACAUCCCAGAGAGGUUUAAGAAGAAAGGCUACCAGCCAAUGUCCCCAAAGUCCCUGGAUGAAGACGCCUAUCUGGAGACAAAUAUCAUUCUGGAUUUGAUGAACUCGCCCCUGAUUGCUGAAGAUGAGGUAGUGUCUCGGGUCCCGGAAGCUUUCAUCGUGACCUGUGAGCAUGACAUUCUGCGGGACCAUUCGCUGCUGUACAAGAAGAGACUGGAGGACCUGGGAGUCGCAGUGACGUGGCAGCACGUGGAGGAUGGUUUUCACGGAGCGCUGAGCACCCUGGACCUGGGAUACUUGGAGUUCCCCUGCUCCACGAGAAUUCUGAAUGCCAUCGUCCAUUUUCUAAAGGGCUUAUGA